AUGCAACUCAGGGCAGCUUUGAAAUCCGAAGUGCAGAAGCGGAUGUCUUCAUUCGAUGCCCAAGCAUUAGCAAAUAUCUCAGAUUCCGUCCCGGACAUGUCAGAAGAGUUACUGGAAAGAGUGGAGCCAGCUCUCGAUGAGUUCGUCUAUGGAAUGCCUCAGAAGCUGUCAGAUUGGAACGGCCCGCAUUUUGUGAAGGUCUUGACUAGUGUUGGGGUGGACAACUUCGGUGUGGCCGGCACGCAAAGGAUUUUGUCAAAGAUGGGCAUUACCGAACCCAACCAGGACUUUCAACAACGAGCUUUGCUCCGCAUUCAGCAGGCGGAGGAAGAUGGAGAUGUCCGGAAGGAGACUUGGGGUUUGGUACACAAGCGCGUCCUUUGCUAUGGAGAAUGGGAGCUUACAACGAACGGACAUCCAUUACGUGGUACCUUAUUGCGCGAGAACGGCAUCCGCGUGGGCCAUGCUGCUCCACCUGCAUGGCUCCGCGCCUUCCCCACGCCGAUCAACAGCGUCAUCGGUCGCGAUCUUUGCGGAGAGUUUCAACUCAGUGCCGGCAUUGCCAUAAUUCUCGACACAGCGCAAGGGGACAUUGUUGGAGAGGUGAUGAUAUUUUCGACAAGUACGCCUUGCUGUUCUUGUUUGGCGCUCCUCCGACAGAUGCAGCUUCGUUUUCCUGG